GAAAUUGGGUGAAUCCAGAUUCGAAACCAUACGAAAUAUGAACCUGGAGCCGGCAUCGAUUCCUUCUCAGCUGGACAAACAUUCCGGAGUCAAAGUUUUGUGCGCGGUAUUCUUGGCCCUAGGGAGUACAAUUUCCGGUCUGCUGUUGCCAAUUGUGCGACGGAAUACCUUCGCAGGCAUCAAUCCGCGAAUGGUUUCCGGUUUGGCGGCGUGUUUCGAUGCUGGAAUGCUGAUGGCCACGGCUCUAGUUCUUAUGCUACCGAAUGCUCUUAGCGGUCUUCCGCGCUUUGCCGAGGUCAUAUUCAGUGGAGGAUAUUUCCUGAAAUAUGCCAUCCAAGAGAUGCUGGAAGGUUCUGGUGCAAGAAUGCCGCGUAACAAUGUAAGCACUAAUGUCAAUCAGAUUGACGGUGAUUCCGAUGGAUAUGCUAGCGGUGAUGAGACAUUCAAACUUUCCACUAGGAAUUCGAGUCGGUAUGAGCAGGAAUCAACCCAGUCUCCUGAACCAGUAUUUAAUUCUCGUUUUGCCACCAAAAAAUUCUUGCUCUCAAAUUGUGUUGUGCAUGCCAUUGUUGGUGGUUUGGCAAUUGGAACUCAAUAUUCUGGUUCCAAGAUCUGGCUUCUUUUGGGGGCCAUCGGAGUUCACCUGUUCCUGACAGCAUUUUUCCUAGGAGAACAGAUGGUUACCCGGAACAGUGAUACUGAAAACGAACCUUAUCCGAUGACCAAUGAACCAGCCACACAAAAAUUUCCACAUUGGUUCAAUCGUAAAAGGACUAUCCCAAUUUUGAUUUAUUCUUCCGGAUCUAUCGUUGGAAUUGUUCUAGGGAUGGCUCUGAAGAGAAUUGAUGACAGUGACAAUCAAAUGCUGAUUUCGUUCGUGGAACUUAUCAUUGGAGGGUUCCUGCUUGCUGUGGCCUGUAAUGAAGUUCUACCCCUAGAGAGAUGCAGAAGACGUCCUGGAAAAGUUGAUGGAGCUUUCCAACUUAUGGCAGUAGGUUUCGGAUUUGCUUUAGUUUCAGUUCUCAGUUUGAAUACAUGA